AGAGAAAGAAAGAGAGAGAGCAGCGCACGGGUGUGUGUGUGUGUGUGCGUGCGUGCGUGCGCGUGCGUGCUUGUGUGUAUGUGUUUGUGUGUGUGUGUGUGUGUGAACCUCUACUCGGCAUUUCUUUCUUUCCGCUUGGCGCUCUACAUUAGAUCCAUUUCUCGUUUUCUCUCACACCGGCCGGAGAGAGAGAGAGAGAGAGAGAGAGAGAGAGAGAAGAGGAAAGAGAGAGAAGCGGUCCGCCACACAGAUAACGGAGCAGGCAUGUAUACCAAACACAGGCAGAAAAAACGACAUGUCCAAUCGGCACAAAACGCGCGCGCCGUCUGGUCUCUUCUCCUCCUGAGCGCUUUAUUGGACUCAGUGGACGCUAAUCUCCCGGAAGGAGCACGGAAGGAGCGAGGACAGAAAGUGACGGCUCACUGGAUCCCCCACACCACGGUACACAAAGACACAGGAGCGACUUCACAGGAUCAGUUUCCAGAGAAGGGAGAGAUUCUCGUCUCAGCAGCAGAGCUGGAGCUGAUACUAGAAGUGGAACGUAAUCAGGAACUUCUGGCUAAAGACUUCACUGCGACUCACUACGAAGAAGACAGCCGGCCAGUUACCUAUUCUAACAGUCACACUGAUCAUCAUUGCUUCUAUCAUGGAAGUGUUAAGAACCAUUCUUCUUCCUGGGUUGCUCUAAGCACAUGCUCUGGAGUGAGGGGCCUCAUUGUGCUGAACUCCAGUGAUACUUAUUACUUAGAGCCAGUAGAAGGGCAAGAGAUUCUCCACCACAUCUUCUAUCACACAGAUGACUUGCCAAUUAAAGGUGGUACAUGUGGACACGGUCAUGAAACUGGAAAUAAAGGCCUUCUCAGCGGUCUCCUUAAACCUUUGCAUCAAAGGGUGAAACGAAAUGCCUGGGGCACAACCAAGUACAUGGAGCUUUAUAUAGUCGCUGACAACACACUGUACAGAAAGCAAAACAAGGACCUUGAAAAAACCCAACGAAGAAUAAUGGAAAUUGCCAAUUAUGUCGAUAAGUUUUACAGAGCUUUGAAUAUCCGGGUGCCUCUGAUUGGUCUAGAGGUGUGGACAGAUCGUGAUCAGUGCAUUAUCAAUGAAGAGCCCAACGCCACUCUGUGGUCCUUCCUGCAGUGGAGACAGAAGCUCAAGUCCCGCAAGAAACACGACAACGCACAACUUCUCACAGGGGUGAUAUUCAAAGGCACCACUAUUGGCAUGGCUCCCCUUGAAGGCAUGUGCAGUCAUGAAAAUUCUGGCGGCAUUAAUGUGGAUCAUUCGGAUUUGCCCAUUGGGGCGGCUGCCACCAUGGCUCAUGAGAUUGGCCAUAACUUUGGCAUGAGCCAUGACCAUGAAGGUUGCUGUGUGGAAGCUACAGCCGAGCAGGGAGGCUGCGUGAUGGCAGCAGCUACAGGGCAUCCGUUCCCUAAAGUCUUCAGCCGCUGUAGCAAGAAGGACCUAGACAACUACUUCCAGAAAGGAGGCGGGAUGUGCCUGUUCAACAUGCCCAACAUGAAGGACCUAGUGGGGGGGAAGAGGUGCGGGAACGGCUUCGUAGAGGAAGGGGAGGAAUGUGACUGCGGAGAACCUGAGGAAUGUACGAAUGACUGCUGCCAUGCCAGUAACUGCACCCUGAAGCAGGACGCACAGUGUGCCCACGGCGUUUGCUGUGAAGGCUGCAAGCUGAAGCAGGCAGGUACGAUGUGCCGUAGUGCAGCCGGCUCAUGUGACCUUCCAGAGUACUGCACGGGUGGAUCACCCUAUUGCCCCUCUAACGUUUACCUCCUGGAUGGAUCCACAUGCCAAUACGGCCACGCCUACUGCUACAACGGCAUGUGCCUCACUCACGAGCAACAGUGCCUGCAGCUGUGGGGCUACGGUGCACGGCCUGCACAUGAUGCAUGUUUCCAGGAUGUCAAUGCAGCAGGAAACGCGUUCGGAAACUGUGGCAAGGACGCGUAUGGCAAUUAUGUCAAGUGUGAGAAAAGUGAUGCCAAAUGUGGGAAGAUCCAGUGUCACAGCGCUGCCAAAAAGCCGAAGGGCACCAACGCAGUAUCCAUCGACACCACCAUCCGCACAGAUGGCAUCGAGGUGAAAUGCCGUGGCACAUAUGUGUACAGCACUCAGGACGGACAGGGGGACCUUCCUGAUCCUGGCCUCGUCAUGACUGGCACCAAAUGUGGAGAGGGCAAGGUGUGCAAGGAUCGUCGGUGCAAAAAUGCUUCUUUCACCGAGCUGGAGACCUGCAUUGCCCGUUGCAAUGGUCAUGGGGUGUGUAACAGCAACAGUAACUGCCACUGUAACCGAGGCUGGGCACCACCCUUUUGUGAUAAACCAGGGCUGGGAGGCAGCAUGGACAGUGGACCGGUGCAGUAUGACAGCCAGGUGGGGCUAGUUGUCGGCCUCCUCUUUGCUUUUCUGGUGCUGCUGCCUGCUGUUCUCAUCGCCUUUUACUGCAUCAAAAUCAAGACCUCCUAUUACCACAAAUGGCUCUCACAGAGGCAGAAGAGCAAGGCUAACAACAGACAUGAAAAUUCAAUGGGGAAGAAUGGACACUUAAACCCAGCUUUCCAUCUGAAGGUAGUGGGACCGUCCAACAAAAGCGCCAAUCUUAAGCUACCUCAUACAAGUAAGGAAGUCCUCCCUCUGCGACCAGGCCCUGCCUCCAACGGCACCCAGCCAGUCAACAUCGUCCAUCCACUCCGGCCUGCCCCCUCCCCCCACUUCCGUGAUGUUAAAGUGCCUCGGCCUCCUCCUCCCACCAGCAAAUCUCUGGAGGAAGCCAAGUGCAGUCCUACUGCUGCCAAACUCAGCCCUCCCAAGAAACCCCUGCCCCUCAACCCCACACGCAGCCCAGUGAUGGCAUCAGUGAUCCAGCCGAAGCCUUCCCCCACACCCCCACAGAGGCCUCUCCCUAUGAGCCCCAGCCGCGGCGCCCCGGCCAAACCUUCCAGUGGAGCUGGGGGGUUGCUGGUGAUGAUGCCCCCUGCGGCGGGCCCCAAGCCUGUGGGCAAGGUCACCGCCAUUCCUCCUCUCAGAGCACUCAGACCUGUUCCAGGACCCAAACCAAAAACAGUCUCGCAGUCCCCUUUCCGAAAAUGACCUUCAUAGGAUCAACUUUAAAGACAGCAGCAAGCCUAUUUGCACUAUAUAAAGGCCUUCAUUGGGAGAUUUGUAAUUUUGUGGAAAAGCAUGGGACAAAUGUACGGUGCUAAGGCCGGGACAUUCUAGGCCUCGCUUAUUUAAGCCUGAGUACAAUCCAGCCCAGUGUCUGAGGGGACCAGAUUUUGCAUGGAUCGAAAUGCAGAUUUAGACAAGAUGCUUCUUAUGGGGCAUCACAUUGCCAAAACCUUGAUUAAUUAUUAUUAUUUUUUUUUUACUUUACAAUUUUCUUGUACGAAGUGUUGUUGUUGUGUUACAUCAUCGUCGUGUUUACAUUUUUUAAAUUACUUUUAUUAAUUGUGUGUUAAUUUGCCAAAGACGUUAUGUUUGAAUGUCAAUCUAAUGUGUCCUUUGCUGUAUGUAUUUUUUUGCAUUUGUUAUAUAAAAUGCACCAUUAUAAGUUUUUAUUAAAAACUGUGUUGUUGUAGUUGUUUAUGAAGGUUUAUUCAGAUUGCCGUGUAUAUCUAAAUUUGAAAGAUGCUAAGCGUACUGUAUAAAGCGCAAAGUUGGAUUAAGACUAAGAUGUUCCCUAAUUAACAGCAGGGAUGUAUAGGGAGUGAAGCAGAACAAUAACGUUGACAAUUUCUGAACGCACAUUUGUUUAAAAAAAAAAAAACACUUUCCACGUAGGCAGGCAUGCUGUGCCAAACAGAACCCCAGCCUCAACUCCUCAAAGAAGACAAACCGAUAAGAAUAACUGAGCACGUGGGGAGCAACGGUGUAUCACACAAGCUCACUCCAUAAUGGAUUCCGGCGAAUAUAAAAUGAAAUUUCUACAAGCCGUCAUCUUAUCUCUCCAAAGAGUAAUGUAUUUGGAGAGCACGAGGCUUGGAGUGGUCCGGUGGGACAGCUCGCUAUAGGCACACACAGGAGAGAUUUAUCGACACCGACAUUUUCCAAGCCAUUAUCGAGACGCCCAAACAGGCCACAAGGCAGGACACUGUGUUAGUGAUGCGAUCUAAGUGAAAUAUGGCCUGUUUGCUGAGAUGCUGGAUACUAAUCGUAGGAUACAAGGUGUGUGAAUCAAGAAUAGGUGCUAGGAAGUGUCUCUUCAUAAAAAGUCAGGAUAACUAAAUUGAUAUGCGUGGAUGCUUUCCAGACAGCUGUAAGGCGACAUAAAAGGUAAGAGUGUGGAACAUAAGUCAGGCGUGCACAAGCUUUUAACCUACUAACAGCAAAAAAAAAAAAAAAAAAAAGCUGCUGUUUAAUGAUGGGUUUGUAUCAUUCAUUCAAGUGAGGGGUCAAGAAGCACUUUUAUUACAUCUCCAGACUACACACAAAGUCAAGUCAUAAGUUUGAGGUAGGAAAUACAUUGGUUAGCAUUUAUUUGUAAUCCAUAUAUAUUUAAAUCCUGGAUUUUCAGGCAAUAUUAAAUGUCUAUUUACAUCUCCCUGUUACAUGUCAGAUUUGGUGACUGGACAGUCCUAAAAAGUGAACAAGAAUUGUCUCACCUUACACAGAGCCACAUACAAAAAAAAAAACUGCACAAAACAUCAUCUGAUUCCUCUCAUUAAACAAAAUGUUUCAUUCUGUAUUUAAUUUAAAUGACUUUUGCAUAAAAAGACAGCUAGUAUUGUGCUGAAUUUUUUA